CUUUAGUUCAAACAACUUUGCCCAUAUAAGACCAACUCUCAACUAGUGGAAAAAUCAUUGUUUUUUGUGUUUCUAAAGAGCUCCACGAAUCUACUAUAACUAUCAAUUCCAGUUUUAAACAUGAACUCCAAGGUUUUAUUUACUCUUUGCUUUUUGGUAGUGGCAGCAUCAGCCAUACCUCAGCCAAUCGUUCCGGGCUGGACUAACCCCUGGAUCCCUCAAUGGCAGCCUUGCACCACGGUCGGCUCCGCUUGCUCAGACUGCACCACCAAGUCUAUCUGCACGCCCAUCGGAGGAAUCACCAAGGCGUGCAGUGACCCCACCCUGCCAUACUGCAACCUCGGAGAAUGCUCGGCCACCCCCACAGCUGGGUGCGCCUCUGGGCCCCAAGCCCCAGCGGUCAUCGCCUAACUCAGCCUGUACAUAAAUCCGUAUUAUCAUUAGAACAUGGUCCUUAGUUCAAAAUCUUUUACAAGAUAAUACACUCAUGUUUAGUGGUGUGACUAACAUAUUUAUACGAACACAAGGAUGUUAAUCUACUAUUGUAUAAAGAAGUAAUAAAUAAAGAUGAGUACAUACUAAAUUAAAUUUUAUUAAUUGUAUGGUAACGUAGCAGUAGGCAAUAUGCCACAGCCACACCUAACGAAAACAAAAAUAAUUUGACUCCUUAAAUGUAGUCUGUUACAUCGAUUAACUAAACAUGUGUUUUGAUAACCAUUUCCUCAUUGUGACAUGUUUACAGAAAUAAACACAUUAAUUUAUUCAAA